AUGUCAGAACCUGUUACUGACUUACAAGUUACUGCCUCUUCAGAAGGCAACGUCGAAGCUGUCUCAUCUAACAACUCUAUUGCUUCCAAUAAGGUUGAAGGUGAUGACAUGGAUUUAAAGGCUCCAGAAGAUCCAAUCCAUGCUACCGGUCCACUUUCCCAAUACUUCGGUGUCUUAUCCCUAUGUUUAAUGAUCGCCUUUGGUGGUUUCAUUUUCGGUUGGGAUACUGGUACCAUUGGUGGUUUCGUUAGUCACGAAGAUUUCUUAAGAAGAUUUGGUUCUAGACACUCAGAUGGUACUUAUUAUUUCUCGAAGGUUAGAACUGGUUUAGUUGUCGGUAUUUUCAAUGUUGGUUGUGCUAUUGGUGGUUUGACUUUAGGUAGAACUGGUGAUAUGUACGGUAGAAAACCAGGUUUGAUGAUUGUCGUUGUUGUUUACGUUAUCGGUAUUAUUAUCAGUAUUGCUUCCAUUGACAAAUGGUACCAAUACUUCAUUGGUAGAAUUAUCUCUGGUCUAGGUGUCGGUGGUAUUGCUGUCUUAUCCCCAACUUUAAUUGCCGAAACUGCUCCAGCUCAUUUAAGAGGUACUGCCGUCGCUUUCUACCAAUUAUUGAUUACUGGAGGUAUUUUCUUAGGUUACUGUACUAACUACGGUACCCAUCACGGUUACAAGGACUCUACUCAAUGGAGAGUUCCAUUAGGUUUAUCUUUUGCUUGGGCCUUAUUCAUGAUCGGUGGUAUGUUAUUAGUUCCAGAAUCCGCUAGAUUCUUAGUCCAAAAAGGUAGAUUAGAAGAAGCUAAGGUUUCUCUAUCCAAGACCAACAAGGCUACUGUCGACUCUCCAAUCGUGGUUCGUGAAUUUGACGAAAUUUUUGCUGCUGUCGAAGCUGAAAGAGCUGCUGGUAACGCUUCUUGGGGUGAAAUUUUCUCCAGAAAGGGUGCUAUUUUAAAGAGAACCAUUAUGGGUGUUAUGAUACAAUCUUUACAACAAUUGACUGGUAACAAUUAUUUCUUCUACUACGGUUCUACCUUAUUCAACUCUGUUGGUUUAGAUGAUGGUUACGAAGCUUCUAUUGUUAUUGGUAUUGUUAACUUCGCCUCCACUUUUGUCGCUUUAUGGACUGUUGAAAGAUUUGGUCGUCGUAACUGUUUAUUAGUCGGUGCUGCUACCAUGGCUGCUUGUUUCGUUAUUUACGCCUCUGUUGGUGUUACCAGAUUAUACAUUGAUGGUUAUGAUGGUCCAACUUCCAAGGGUGCUGGUAACUGUAUGAUUGUUUUCACCUGUUUCUACAUUUUCUGUUUUGCUACAACCUGGGCUCCAUUAGCUUACGUUAUCGUUUCUGAAACUUAUCCAUUAAGAAUCAGAGGUAGAGCUAUGGGUCUAUCCAUUGGUGCUAACUGGAUGUGGGGUUUCUUAAUUUCCUUCUUCACCCCAUUCAUUACCGGUGCUAUUCAUUUCGCUUAUGGUUACGUUUUCUUUGGUUGUUUAAUCUUCAUGUUCUUUUACGUUUUCUUCUUUGUCUGUGAGACCAAGGGUUUGACUUUAGAAGAAGUCGACGAAAUGUACCUAGAAGGUGUGUUACCAUGGAAAUCUACUUCUUGGGUCCCACCAAGUCAAAGAGGUGUUGACUACGAUGCUUCUGCCGCUGCUCACGAUGACAGACCAUGGUACCAAAGAUUCAAAUAA